AUGCAUUUGAUUUUCUCAAUUAUUGCAUUAUUAUUUAUUGGUCAUGGUGUUCAUAUGCAUUUAUGCCUUUGGUCACCAAUGCAACGUGGCGAUUUCGAUAUUUCAACUCCAGGAGCUCAUCCAUGUUAUCGUAAAAUAGGACCAUGUGGUAAUAUAAAUUCAACAUCAUCAUCACCACGUACAUCAUUGGUAGCUGGUAGCAAAUACAAUGUUGGAUUUCAACAGAAUCUUAAUCAUUAUUAUACAAAUUUCCCUGGUGCACUUGAUAUAUCAUUUGCCGUAGGACUUAAUCCAUCUGAGAAUGAUUUUCAUGUACUUCAUUCGUUUUCUGACUAUAAUGCAAUGAACCAAAUAACACAAACCAAUUUCUCAAUAGAAGUCGACUUACCAAAUCAACCAUGCGAUGAAUGUGUUUUACGCGUUCGUUAUUUAUCAAAUAAUUUAGAUGAAGACGAUCACGGAACUGUUUUCCAUCAAUGUUCCGACAUUAAAUUGACGCAAAGCUUAUUGAAUACAUUAAAGAAAGAGAAAGAAAAUAAAAUUCAAUUAAUCGAAAAUAUAAAUAGACAACGCCAAGAAGAUCCACAUGAUUGUUGUGUACCUGAAAGUUAUACAAACGCUUUCUUUCAUAUUAUACCAGCUAUCGAUUAUCAAUCCGAAGGUAUAAUUUAUUAUGAUCAAAAAGCUCGACAGAUGCGUGUUACUGCAUCGGUUAAUGGAGGCCGUGGUAAUACUACAGUUGAUGGUUUAUUUGAUAUGUGGAUGAAUUUUACAUCAGGCAUGCAAUACUAUUAUAACCACCAUAGUGGUACAUGUGAUCUUUAUGGAUUAGAUUUUUGGAAUGAUUGGUGUUUUGGCAAUAAAUAUAAUCAAAGUGAAGAUUUUGUUGCAGCCGAUGUUACUUGUAAAUCACCGUUUGGACCAAGUCAAAGAUGUAAUCAAUGGCAAAAUGGAGAAUUUAUAUUUGAAACUUUUGCUUCAAGUGAAUGUUUACCAUCGAGCAUAACUCGACCCAGUGGUGAAAAAAUCAAUUAUAUUCAAGGAAAAACUGAUCCAAUUUCACCUUCAAUAUUCGUACCCAAUCCAAUUUGUCUUAAACAAAAAAAAGUUAAACAUGCAUCACCUCGAUGGAUGAGAUUUCACUUUUAA